UUAUAUUAUUUUUAGUUUAUAUCUUGGUCUUUUUAUUUGUUUCGGAUUUAUAUCGACGCGAAUCAAAUAUCGUAUGCAAUUUUCUUUUUCUGUCCCCUCAAAAUUUGUUGGUACUUGCAAUAGUAGAAAGUUUGGAUUCUUUCUGCCGAUUAGGCAUAGUGUUGAAAACGCCGUGUAUGUUUUGAUGGGCAUGCCUUUCUUGAAUUACUGUGCUAUGUCAAAUGCGAUCAAAUGCAGUCGUGUUGUGGGGAUUUUCAGUUGAUUGCUUUGGAAGGAGUAGCUGCUCUAAUUGCUUGUCGCGGUUAAUGGUAAGGGAUGUUGAUAAUUCAUCUUGUGUUUCAAGACGGUGACUUGGAUUAUGCCAUAGAAUAUGAAUUAUUUGUUUCAGACAUGUGCUUGUUUAGGUGGAGGAAAAAAACUAGUUUAGAUGAGACAUAAUUAGGAGGGGAAAUAGCAACUAUCUAGGAAUUUGAGAGGAAGUGGGGUACAAAAGAUGUGUCAUCCCCCAUUUAUUGGGGACAAAUGAUAAACUUGUGUUAGAUAGACCAGAAAAUCAUAAAAAUUUUAUGCCUGAAAGGCUGUUAGCGGAAUCUAUAAAAAAUAUGCACAGAGCACUAAAAGAUUUGGAACAUUGUAAUGAAACCAGGGAACUGCAGAGAUCAAGGAUUUGUUGAGAAUAUCCAUAUAUAUAUAUAUGGUGUACUUGUAUACAAAUGUGAGAAAAGAAAUAAGUUCUGAGAGAAUUGUAAGUUUAGAUAGGAGGAUCCCUUGGUCUUGAUUGUGGAUUAUGGGAUAUGAAAAGCCUGGAGUGAUGCUUUCAUAAAUUUUCAUCAUUAAGCAUGCAUGAUACAUAAGUAUAGAGUAACACAUAUAAAUAUCGGGAAUUGGGUGGUCCAACUCAUCUCUGGUUUACCUCAAACUAAGAAUCAAGCACUAACUAGGACAAUGAUGCAUUCGGUAGAAUUAUAUUUCAAAAUCCAUAUUCUUCUAAAAUUAAAUUGUAACAAAAAUCAAGCUCGUCCCUCCCUCUACAUGAUUAUACAAGUUUGAAAGAAACGUAUAGUGAUUACUCUUAUCAAUCCCAUAUGAUGGAUCAUGUUUCCACCUUCAAAACUCAGAAUUGAACGUAUUCCGAUCUCAUAAAAUAAGAAGAGAGAAUCUAAAGUAACAGGUGCGUGUACGAGAUAGAACCCUUGGGACAUGAUCAAAAUAAAGACCUUCAUGGACUCUUUCUUCAUAUGUCCAAUCAGGUGCUAAUGGAUCUAAUCUUGCUGUCUAUAAUUCUACCAAAUGCAUCAUUGUCCUAGUUAGUGCUUGAUUCUUAGUUUGAGGUAAACCAGAGAUGAGCUGAACCACCCAAUUCCCGAUAUUUAUAUGUGUUCGAAGUGUCGGGCACAACUUUCAUGGAUAAAUUUCAAGCCUGAUUAGGCCUAUAUUAAAUUGACAAGUAAGCGGCAUCAAAAUUGGUGGUCCAAUUGAAAUUAUUUCAUUGAGGAAUAAAACGGGCUAAUUCGAGCUUGGACAUAAGAAUGUCCGAUGUUUACAAAAUCAUCAGAUCAUAGUGCUUCUAGCAUGCAAGAGGGCCUUCGUAUAUGUAUUCAUUUGAACAAGAAAAUGCUGCAUUUCAUUUUUUUUAGUAUCAAGAUCAGAUACAGAGGGUCAAGCAUUCAACAAUUUUCAGAACACACAAUUCAGCAACCUCUUCAUGCUGAGAUUCAUGGCUCGGGCCCACCUAUCAACAGAAAGGGUUUGGAGCUCGGAAUCCUGAACUGUAGGAAAAAUACAUUGAUGGUUAGCCUUUGAACUCAGGCUGUUGCCAUUCAUUUGACAAGACAUAUUUAAUGGACCCAAAAAGCAUGGUUGAUGAGAAAGGUGAAAGCAGAUUGUACAUUGGCAAUCUUGACCAAAGAAUCACAGAGGCCAAUGUAAUCAAAAUGUUCUCUCCAUUUGGAAAAAUUGUGUCCGAGGAUUUUUUGUGGCACACACGGGGUCCAAAACGUGGAGAGCCACGUGGUUAUGCUUUUAUCCAGUAUAGUACCAAGGAGGAAGCACAACUGGCGAAGGCAAAGAUGAACGGGAAGUUAGCUUGUGGGCGCCCAUUGGUUGUCCGGUUUGCCAGCGAGAGGUAUUUGGCAGAGACAGCAAAUCCCCUCAAAACUGCCUGUGAUGCAAAAAAGCCAAGCAUUGCAUGUAGCACAUCAGGACAAAUGAGCCGGAGUUCCAAGAUUGCUGCGAUAAAGAAUAAACUGAAAUCCUUGGAAGAAGAAGGCUGUGGCUUGAAGAAACCAAAACUACAAACGGACAGCACUCCUUGAAUUUGUGGAUUGUUCUUCUAGAGGAUGUCAAAGAAACAGACUGAUGUUGAUAUGCUUUAGUGACCUGUACGAGACCCAAAAAGAUACGCUACCAGCUUUCUCAUUUGCAGAACUAGAGUGCUGUCUCUUCUUCUAUCAACCUCGUCUUUCUCCUUGUAUCACAACAUGGUUUACUUGGCACACCUUUCAUUCCUUUAUGCAUGAUCUACAUUCUUUCCCGCAAAUUUGUCUUUUUUUUUUUUUCUUCAAGUUAGUUUCAGAUUUCCCA